GUCUUGAAAAAUUACAACAUUUAUAAGUAUAUUAGGUACAUAUUGGAGCAUAUAUAUAUCUCGAGCUAGAGAUGGGGAGGCAACCAUGUUGUGACAAAGUAGGGUUGAAGAAAGGGCCAUGGACUAUUGAAGAAGACAAGAAGCUCAUCAACUUCAUCCUCACCAAUGGUCAUUGCUGUUGGAGAGCUCUUCCCAAGCUUUCUGGACUAUUGAGGUGUGGUAAAAGCUGCAGAUUAAGAUGGAUAAACUAUUUAAGACCUGAUUUAAAAAGAGGACUUUUAUCAGAAUAUGAAGAACAAAUGGUCAUUGAUCUUCAUGCCCAACUUGGCAAUAGAUGGUCAAAAAUUGCCUCUCAUCUACCAGGAAGAACUGACAAUGAAAUAAAGAACCAUUGGAACACACACAUAAAGAAAAAACUAAGGAAGUUGGGUAUUGACCCUCUGACACAUAAGCCUCUCUCUGAACAAGAGGCUUCACAACAAGCUCAAGGGAGCAAGAAAAGCUUAGUGCCUCAUGCAAAUGACAAGAACCCAAAACAAGAUCAAGAAGAUCAAGAAAACAAAGACAACCGAGAUCAACAUCACACAGAGCAAGAUUUGGAGAAGAACAACACAUCAGCUUCUAGCAAUGGUUUUUGCGUUGAUGAAGUCCCAUUGCUCAGUCCACAUGAGAUCUUGAUCGACGUCUCUUCUUCUCAUCAACAUCAUCAUACUAAUGAUGAUAAUGUCAAUAUCAACACUAGUAAAUUUACUUCGCCUUCUUCCUCUUCCUCGUCUACCUCGUCGUGUAUAUCAUCAUCAGUAGUACCGGGUGAUGAGUUCUCCAAGUUUUUUGAUGAAAUGGAGAAUCUUGACCUCAAGUGGCUCUCAUCCGAUGAUUCUUCAGGUGAAAAUAUUAUUAGCUUAGACGGCAAGUUCACCAACACUGUUGAUACGAUGAACUUGUGGGACGACAUCAAUGAUUUGAGCAGCUUGGAUAUGUUUAUGAAUGACCAUGAUCAUGACGGCAUUGUUGGAAAUGGUAAUGGAUGUUCAAGAAUGGUUUUAGAUCAAGAUUCAUGGACAUUUGAUCUCCUCAUCUAGCUUUUAGUUUUUCUUCAUCAUUAGCUUUGUUUUUUUUCUUUGGUCUGUUCUUGAAGACUGUUGAAGUCGGGGUAUUUGGGUUUGGCCUUGGUGUCGCAGUUUAGUAGAUUAUUAGGUGUAAAAUACAUGUAAUAAAGAUUGCAAUGGUGAAUAUU